AUGGCCGCCUUCGGGCUUCUCAGCUAUGAGCAGAGACCUCUCAAACGCCCCCGGCUGGGGCCGCCCGACGUCUACCCCCAGGACCCCAAGCAGAAGGAGGAUGAACUUACUGCAGUGAAUGUAAAGCAGGGUUUCAAUAAUCAACCAGCCUUCUCUGGAGAUGAGCAUGGAUCUGCUAGAAAUAUUGUCAUUAAUGCCUCAAAGAUUGGCGCUUAUUUUAGCAGCAUAUUAGCAGAAAAGCUAAAACUUAAUACUUUCCAGGACACAGGAAAGAAGAAACCACAAGUAAAUGCCAAAGAUAAUUAUUGGCUGGUUACUGCUCGCUCUCAGAGUGCAAUUCACAACUGGUUCACAGAUUUAGCAGGAAAUAAACCACUGACUACUUUAGCAAAAAAGGUUCCUAUUCUCAGUAAAAAGGAGGAUGUCUUUGCUUAUUUAGCAAAAUAUUCUGUGCCACUACUGCGAGCAGCAUGGCUGAUCAAGAUGACAUGUGCCUACUAUGCUGCUGUUUCUGAAGCUAAAAUUAAAAAACGUCAGGCUACUGAUCCAAAUAUUGAAUGGACUCAAAUCUCAACCAGAUACCUUCGAGAGCAGCUGGCAAAGAUUGCAGAAUUUUAUCAUGUGUCCUCAAACCAAGGCAAUGGCUCCGUAGUUAUGCCUCAAGAGGUGGAACAAGCCCUGAAGCAGUGGGAAUAUAAUGAAAAGUUGGCAUUUUAUCUGUUCCAGGAGGGAAUGCUUGAAAGACAUGAGUAUUUGACAUGGAUACUGGAUGUUCUGGAAAAAAUCAGACCUGCUGACGAUGAACUUCUUAAACUCUUGUUACCGCUAAUGUUGCAGUAUUCAGAAGAGUUUGUUCAGUCAGCCUACCUGUCCCGUCGCCUUGCUUAUUUCUGUGCCAGACGACUAUCUUUAUUGCUAAGCGAUACUCCUAACCUCGUAGCUGCACACUCACCUCAUAUGAUUAUUGGACCAAACAAUCCUCCUUUAGCAGCUCCAAGUCCUACUGCAACAGGUCCUGUGGUGAGCCCGGUACAGCUAGCCUGUUCAGAUUUCUUUUCCUGCCCACAACAUCGUCCACUAGUUUAUGGACUGAGUUGUAUGCUGCAGACUGUAACUCUCUGUUGCCCAAGUGCCUUGGUGUGGAAUUAUUCCACGAAUGAAAGUAAGAGCAUUAAUCCAGGUUCUCCUCUGGACUUACUUCAAGUUGCUCCAUCUAGUUUACCUAUGCCAGGUGGAAAUUCAGCAUUUAAUCAGCAGGUUCGGGCAAAGAUUUAUGAAGUAGAACAGCAGAUAAAACAACGAGGUUGUGCUGUGGAGGUGCGAUGGUCUUUUGACAAGUGCCAAGAAUCAACGGCAGGGGUCACCAUCAGCCGGGUUUUGCAUACACUGGAGGUCUUGGAUCGACACUGUUUUGACAGAUCAGAUUCCAGCAAUUCAAUGGAGACUCUUUAUCACAAGAUUUUCUGGGCAAACCAGAACAAAGAUAACCAAGAGGUUGCCCCUAAUGAUGAAGCUGUGGUAACAUUGCUUUGUGAAUGGGCUGUGAGCUGUAAAAGGUCUGGCAAACACAGGGCGAUGGCUGUGGCAAAACUCCUGGAGAAGAGGCAAGCAGAAAUUGAGGUAGAAAGAUGUGGUGAGUCAGAAGUGCUGGAUGAAAAAGAAUCUAUUUCUUCAGCUUCUCUUACUGGAUCCAGCCUUCCUGUCUUUCAGAAUGUCCUACUUAGGUUUUUAGAUACACAGGCUCCCUCAUUAUCUGACCCAAACAGUGAAUAUGAGAAGACAGAAUUUGUGAAUCUGGUGCUGCUGUUUUGCGAGUUUAUUCGACAUGACGUUUUCUCCCAUGAUGCAUACAUGUGCACUUUAAUAUCGCGUGGAGACUUGUCAGUUACUGCAACCACUCGACCACGCUCACCUACUGGAGAAACUGUGGAUGAACACUAUUCUAAGGACCCUGAUGUGAAAUUGGAGAUUUUUUCUCCAAUGCCUGGGGAGUCUUGUGAGAAUGUCAACUCUUUGUUAGACAGAAGAAUUUCAAUUAACAGUGAGAAGUCAGUGAAGAGGGAAAAACUGAGAGAACUGAUUUUUCCAUCCAGUUAUGACCUCCUUCGCCAUUUGCAAUAUGCAACACACUUCCCUAUACCUCUGGAUGAAUCUUCUAGUCAUGAAUGUAACCAGCGCAUGAUUCUUCUUUAUGGUGUUGGCAAAGAGCGUGAUGAGGCAAGGCAUCAACUGAAGAAGAUUACCAAAGAUAUCUUGAAAAUCCUGAAUAAGAAAAGUACUACUGAAACGGGGGUUGGGGAUGAAGGGCAAAAAGCCAGGAAGAACAAACAAGAAGCAUUUCCAACUCUGGAGACUGUGUUCACAAAACUGCAGCAACUGUCCUAUUUUGAUCAACAUCAGGUGACAUCUCAGAUCUCCAGUAAUGUUCUAGAACAAAUAACUAGCUUUGCUUCAGGUACAUCAUACCAUCUUCCUUUGGCUCACCACAUACAACUUAUCUUUGAUCUUAUGGAGCCAGCACUCAAUAUCAAUGGGCUUAUUGACUUUGCUAUACAGCUAUUAAAUGAACUGAGUGUUGUGGAAGCAGAACUACUGCUGAAGUCAUCCAGCCUGGCAGGAAGUUACACAACAGGAUUAUGUGUGUGCAUUGUUGCUGUUUUACGGCGUUACCAUGCCUGCCUAAUUUUAAAUCCAGAGCAGACUGCACAAGUUUUUGAAGGAUUAUGUGGUGUUGUCAAGCAUGUUGUUAAUCCAUCAGAAUGUUCUUCCCCAGAAAGAUGUAUUUUAGCUUACCUCUAUGAUCUCUAUGUGUCAUGUAGCCACCUGAGAAGCAAAUUUGGGGACCUUUUCAGUAGUGCUUGUUCAAAGGUAAAGCAAACGAUAUACAGCAAUGUACAGCCCUCGAACUCCAACUCGUUAUGGGAUCCAGAGUUCAUGUUGGAUUUUAUCGAGAAUCCCUCUGCUCACAGCAUCAACUACUCAAUGCUAGGCAAGAUCCUGAAUGACAAUGCAGCCAAUCGCUACAGCUUUGUCUGUAAUGCACUAAUGAAUGUGUGUAUGGGGCACCAAGAUGCAGGAAGAAUUAAUGACAUAGCUAACCUUUGCGCAGAGUUGACAGCAUGCUGCACGGUGCUAAGUUCAGAAUGGUUAGGAGUUCUAAAGGCUCUUUGCUGUUCUUCAAAUCAUGUCUGGGGUUUUAAUGAUCUGCUUUGCAGUGUGGAUGUGAGUGACCUUUCAUUCCAUGAUUCACUGGCCACUUUCAUUGCUAUACUGAUAGCCCGGCAAUGUUUUUCUCUGGAGGAUGUAGUUCAGCAUGUUGCACUUCCCUCUCUCCUUGCAGCAGCCUGUGGGGACCCAGAUGCUGAACCCGGGGCGAGAAUGACAUGCCGUCUUCUGCUUCAUCUCUUUAGAACACCCCAGCUCUACCUGUUACCCCAAGCAACGGGGAAGUCAUUCCCAGGCAUUCGCUCUUCUUGUGACCGCCACCUUCUAACCGCUGCUCACAACAGCAUAGAAGUGGGAGCUGUGUUUGCGGUCUUAAAAGCAAUUUUGAUGCUUGGUGAUGCUGAAAUUGGCAGCAGCGGUGUUAACUCUUUGAAGAAUGAGGACUUCACUAUGAGAGGUUUAUUAGAUGACCUUAAUGAUGAUGAAAUUUGGGGUGCCUCACACACACUGAAAUGUGGAAAAGCUAUUUCCAUAGAAACUGCUAGUCUAAGUGAAUAUGCUAGAUAUGUGCUAAGAACUAUUUGCCAGCAGGAAUGGGUGGGAGAGCACUGCUUGAAAGAGCCUGAGAGGUUAUGCACGGACAAAGAUCUUAUAUUGGAUCCUGUUCUUUCAAACAAGCAAGCACAGAAACUACUGCAGCUUAUCUGUUACCCUCAUGGUAUUAAAGAAUGCACAGAGGGUGACAACACUCAAAGGCAACACAUCAAGCGCAUACUUCAGAACUUAGAUCAAUGGACUCUCAGGCAAUCUUGGUUGGAGCUCCAGCUAAUGAUCAAACAGUGCAUGAAGGAGCCUGGUUCUGGGUCUGUGGCUGAAAUGAACAGCUUGUUGGAUAAUAUUGCAAAGGCGACAAUAGAGGUGUUUCAGCAAUCCGCUGAUCUAAACAAUAACUCUUCUAACUCUGGUAUAGGCCUCUUCAAUCCAAACUCUGUUGGAAAUGCUGACACAAGUAAUACAAGACAGAAUGGUAAAAAGACAUUCCUAAGCUCUUCUGAACGUCGAGGCGUAUGGUUGGUGGCUCCCUUGAUUGCAAAACUGCCUACCUCAGUUCAGGGUAGGGUCCUGAAAGCAGCUGGAGAAGAGCUGGAGAAAGGUCAGCAUUUGGGAUCGUCCUCAAAGAAGGAGAGAGAUAGACAAAAGCAAAAAAGCAUGUCUCUUUUGAGUCAGCAACCUUUCCUUUCUUUGGUACUUACUUGCCUUAAGGGACAGGAUGAGCAACGGGAAGGGCUUCUAACAUCACUGCAAAAUCAAGUUAAUCAGAUCCUAAGUAACUGGAGGGAAGAACGAUACCAGGAUGAUGUUAAAGCUAGGCAGAUGAUGCAUGAAGCCUUACAACUACGUCUUAAUUUGGUGGGUGGAAUGUUUGACACUGUGCAGAGAAGCACGCAGUGGACUACAGACUGGGCACUUCUGCUGCUUCAGAUAAUUACUUCAGGAACUGUUGAUAUGCAAACCAACAAUGAAUUAUUCACAACUGUGCUUGAUAUGCUGGGUGUUCUCAUCAAUGGAACUUUAGCCUCUGACCUAUCAAAUGCAUCCCAAGGGGGGUCUGAAGAGAACAAAAGGGCAUACAUGAAUUUAGUGAAAAAGUUGAAAAAAGAGCUAGGAGACAAGUGUUCGGAAAGUAUUGACAAAGUUCGCCAGUUGCUACCUUUGCCAAAACAGACGUGUGACAUUAUCACCUGUGAGCCAAUGGGAUCUUUGAUUGACACCAAAGGAAACAAAAUUGCAGGAUUUGACUCCAUAGAUAAGAAACAGGGUCUUCAAGUAUCAACAAAACAGAAAGUGUCCUCUUGGGAUUUAUUUGAGGGUCAUAAAAAUCCUGCCCCACUCUCCUGGGCUUGGUUUGGUACAGUUCGUGUGGAUAGGAAAGUGAUAAAGUAUGAGGAGCAGCAGCAUCUUCUCCUAUACCACACACAUCCCAAGCCCAAGCCACGAAGCUACUACCUCGAGCCCUUAUCACUUCCUCCAGAGGAGGAAGAGGAAGAGCCUACUACACCCGUUUCUCAGGAACCAGAAAGGAAAUCAGCAGAGCUGUCAGAUCAGGGAAAGCCUACCACAGACGAAGAGAAGAAAACAAAAGGCAGGAAAAGAAAGACAAAAUCAAACUCAAGAGCAGAUGAUGUCUGUAACACUGCUGUAGCUCUUCAAGAAGGCUUUGACAACAUAAUGGGCCAGCCAAUAGAUCAGGCUGCUAUUUUCGCUCAGCAAGUACAUCCUUCUUCCCAGCUUCCACAGUACCCAGGGUUACAGCAGGCACAGACUGUGCCUCAUGGAUACACAAUGUACGGUACUCAGAUGCCUUUGCAACAACAGCAGGCUGGUGGUGUAGUGCUUUCACCCAGCUACAACCCCAGAACGUAUCCAGCAACUCAUUCCAAUCCAGCUCUAAUGGAAAGACUAAGACAGAUGCAACAACAGCCAAGUGGGUACAUUCAACAGCAGGCUGCUGCUUAUAUUCAGCCUUUAACAGGCACUCAGCGACUGACUCAUCAGCCUUUGCAACAGAGUUCCUUGGUUGGAGGGGGACUUGAUACUGUACCAACCACAGCUCCUCACCCAAACCUUAACUCGGUACAGCUGCCUCAGGAACAGAUGAGACAGAGACAACAGCAAAUUCGACAACAGCGACUCCUUCAGUUGCAGCAGCAGCAGCAGCAACAGGGUCAACAGCAGGCACUUGGUCUCCAAGCAGUGCAACCACAGCAGCCUUUGUUUCCAAGACAAGGUUUGCAGCAGACACAGCAGCAACAGCAGACGGCUGCUUUAGUCAGACAACUCCAAAAACAGCUCUCUAGUAACCAGCCACAACAAGGGGUGAACCAAUAUGGGCAUUCUUCACACUUCUGAAUCUGGAAGGUGGGAUCAAGAUGUAGUGUUAUGUUUGCACUGAAGAAAAAUCAAAAUUCAAUGCACUAGUUAUUGCUAGAAAGCAAAUUUUUAAUUUUUUUCUCUUUAAUUUUUUCAAUAUGUAUUUUUUGUGCUGCAAUUGAUGUGAAUAUGUAACAAAGUGAAAGAUUUUUUUUUUUUUUGCAUUUAACUGGAAUUAAAUGUAUGAUUUGUGGGCCUAUUUAAAGAACACAGUUGUUGCAAAGAAUUUGGUGCUUUUUAGGGUACUGUUACUUUAAAAGGGUUAAAGAAUGGAUUUAUUUAUUUGUGGGAAACAUAUUUUCUUUUUUUAAGAACUGCACUGGACCAAACGACUGAUUUGAAAGGCACUUCCGAUUUUGGCAUAAAGAUUGAUUUGUUCAUUAAAGUGUUCUCCUUCGUUCUUCAACAGUAAAAUGAGUGUUGAUUUAAAUCAUAUUAAUUUUGACUGUUUGUAAUUUUCAUAAGCACUUUAUAAAGUUCUUUGUUUAAAAGUACCCAAUUUUCUCUUGCUUUCAUUGUGGAAAGAAGGUGCUGAAGUGGGUUUCUUGCUUGUAUUAGAACUUCCUAAGAUUUAUAUAAAAAGCCACAAUGUAACAAUAAUAAAUCUACUAGAAGUAGCUGUGCUUCACAUUUUUCUUUUUAAUGCAAAGUUCAUUGGCAGUGAACCUUGUGAGGGUACAAAAUGUGGUAACAAAGCCCUGAAUAUCCACAACAGAUUUUGCUCUAAAUCCAUUUAGGGCCUGAACCAAGUCCUGUUGAAAUCUGAUGACAAUCUUUCCAUUGACUUCAACGGGAAUUGGAUCUCUGGGUCUCGUGCUAGGUUCAACAAAAGUCUCUUUCCAGCUUUUGCCCUUUGGAAGCUUGUGCCAGGCUAGAAAAGCCCCCCCAAAUCACUUUUGCUGUUUCUGUAGUGCUCUAGCUGGGCCUCAUGUCUAUUGACCUUGACCUAAAUGAGUUCUUCCUCUAAUAGAUGUAUUUAUUAUUUAUUUUGUAUGGUAAGUACUUAAAAUUUUGAAUUUAAUUCUUAAUGUUGGGUGAUAGUCUUGGUUGUGUAAUGCAUACUGCAUUUAUAAAUUUGGUGCAAAAGCACAAGUUAUACAUUACAUUUAUUAUAAAGAGAUAUAACUAUUUUAACCUUGUUCAAGUAUGUGGUAUAUUUGCUCAUAUUAGAGUAAAAAAAUCAGAAUAAAUUUACUAUGGGUUCAUGUAAUUUAAGAGUUACUCCAUAUGAUUUUUUUUUUAGAAUAAGAUGCACAAAUUUUGAAUGUGAAACAUGCAGGGCAUUUCAAAAUAUAUGGGAAUUUUGUUCUCAUGUUCUGUAUUAACUCAUCUUUUCAUUUGCCAUAAUAUAAGUGUACUGUUUGGUAUCCUAGUCAGACUUACAUUGAAUAGAAAAGAGUCAGCACUCAGCAAACAUUGUAGUACUGUAUGACACCACAGAUCAUUAAAUUUUUAUAAACAGUUUAGUGUGGAAAAUCAUAAUAUCAAUAAUUUGUAUCUAAUUCUGACUUCCACACUGCAAAGUCUUACCCAUACAAGCAACCAGUAGGAUGGGUCAGCAUCUUUACUGAAAUAAAAUUCUUGUGAACUGCUUUGUACAUUGUGAAAAUUAUUUAGCUCAAAAAUUCUUCACUUGACCAUCUCAGCUUGUACAGACCUUUAUCAAAACAGAAAGGCCACUCAUUCCACUAAAUGAAUAGGUUGUCUGUUUUGAAAAGUUAACAUAUACCUGUACAUUUAUUUUCUUCUUUUUUGUACAUUAUUUCAAAAAAAGCCUGAUGCAAGUUGAUAUCCCUGUCCUUUCAGGUGACUGCAUAUUACUAGAAUAGUAUCCACCACAGAAAAGCAGACUUAAGACCAGUUUCUGUCCUCAGCCACAUACAUACAACACCACUCACUGCAGUGGGGCAUCGUGGUUUUAGCUGAGGGCAAAACCUGGAGGUGCAUGUUUACUUAGUAGAAUUUGUUUGUUUACAAAUUAAUGGCAUUGAAAGUGUCAGAAGCAAAACACAAUUUUAACUUUAAUUUUCUUUCGGAGCAAAGAUUUAAAACUGUGUUAAACAAAAAUAACCCAGAUUACCGUCUAAUCAACUUCAGUGGUCCUUGGGGACCUAGGCUACGUCUUCACUACGGAGGGGGGUCGAUUUAAGAUACGCAAAUUCAG